GUUUGUAAAAUGUAAUUUUCUUAAAUGUUGUAUGUGAGGGACUGCGGAUGGAAAUGAGCUCAAAGCUAAAUCUGGUACUGUUACGCUUGAUACAUUUGAACGUUUUAAGUGUUCAUUACUGUGCAUUGUCCCUCCCAAAUAAAACGAUUAACAAGCAACAAUAGCAAGCCACAUUCUGUUCACAGCUGGUCGUAAGAGCAACAAGUGGGACUUUGGGUGACGUGUCCUGUGUUCCGGGUGUGUUUGUGUAUCUCUGUAUGGGUAAGGGGUCAUGUCUCAGUUCUCCGGGAUAGGGGGCUUUUAUCUGUGAUUUCAUCCAAGAAGUCCAAACUAAAGGUCAUGUUCUCCCUCUCGACUGAACUCCCUAAAAUACAUUGUAUCCCUCGAUUUCGGUUGUGUACAAGAUGUCCUUGUUCUGCUUUGUUAAACAUUAGCAUUUAUUUACUCGUAUAGCACAUGCAUGCUUCAUAACUAUUGCUCAACAGACAAAGUCUAACAUGUAAUGUAAACUUGGUGAAUAGCGAGUAAUAUGAUAAGCAAUCAUUUGAUGAACACAGUUCUUAUUGAGUUAUCGUUUAAUGCUAGGCUUGUGACAGCUCUAUGUUUUAGAUAUGAUUAGAUUAUACAUUGCACAGAAUAAAAGUAUUAGUAAAAGUAAGACUAUGAAAUGCAGCAUUAAACCAGAAGUGCAAAAGUAAGGACAUUUCUCCUUUAUUUGUUUAUUAUUAUCAUUUGUACACACUUUCGUUUGACUUUUAGUCAGAAUAAAUGAAGGCAUUCAAAGACAUCGUGUGCUCUAAUCGUCAGAGGGCCAACAUUAUGUUAUGAAAUCGAUGUAUUGGUACAUUUAGUUGUACUGCUAUUUGUUUGGAAUGAAGCAGAGCAAAUAAAGGAAAAAGCCACAAUUCAAAAAUGGUGUAUCAUUUUAUAAUCUUGGGUUGUGGGUUCCUGCCACUGUCUCUCUGUACAUGAUCUGCCCAUUAGGUUAAAAGGUCACAGGGCGUUGCAAGAUGAACAUCCAAUAGAAAGAAAGCCCCACUGUCACAAGGACUUGAGUUUAUCUGGGAAGGGGCUGUCUGGUGUCUUUUAAAAGAACCAUGUGAGGGACAAGCACACAGGAAAGAAAAAUGACAACUCAUUGCCUCUGAGUAGAGUUGGUUAUGACAGUCUGACAAACAGAGGCUGACAGGAGAAGAGCCACGUCUGACCGUAAAGAUGAGGCAGUGACAGGCGUGCAGCAGGAAGACAAUCAGACAACAACUACCUUCCUCUCUUUCCUUCUCUCCAUGCUGGAAGAGAGGAGACAGCGAAGGACAGAGCCUUGAACUCAGCUGGAAGAGAGGAGACAGCGAAGGACAGAGCCUUGAACUCAAAGCUGGGACAAGGAGCAGCUUAAUGGCUGCAGAGGGAUUACAGUGACCACUUGUGUCAGUACCACAGGAAGGAUGAUGCUGAAACACAUGGCUCCAUACUGACAGUUAUAUGUAGGUAAUGCUGAUGCACAAAAGACGAUACGGACAGCAGUGAUGGACACCAAAGCAGUGUUUACGGCGCUGCACAGCGUCUGCGAUGAGAACGCAGAGUUCUUCUCCGGAGGAUCCAAAGGCUCGCAGGGCGAUGCGGCGCGGCGCCUGGUGGACACCAUGAAGCUCAUCAAGGAACACGCUCGCAGUCUGGAGCCCAUUAUCUCCGGCUUCACUCAAGUUUACCAUCACUUUGACUUUGACCCACACAUACCCGCCAAUGGCUAUCGCUCACUGGUCAAGGUUGUGCGCUGCUGCCUUCUCCACAUCAUCCAGAAAGGGCGCUACAUCAUCGCCAACCGCCGCAGCAUCUUCUUUCGAGUGGCACACAACGCGGGGGAGAUGGAGGCGUACUGCAACGCUCUGUGCCAGCUGCGCGCCCUGCUCUACCUGGCUCAGCGCAUGCUGCACGACAACAGCCAUGGAAACCUCUUUUUCAAGGAUGAGAGCGGCCUCAGUGAGACCUUUGUCCGCGAAUACACAUCCAUGCACAAGGGCUGCUUCUAUGGCCGAUGCCUUGGCUUCCAGUUCAGCCCAGCCAUCCGGCCGUGUCUCCAGACCAUCGCUAUCGGCCUCGUGGCCUUUGGAGAAAACUACAAACGCCAUCAGUCAGGAAUAGGUGUAGCAGCCAGCUCUUUAUUCACCUCAGGGAAGUACGCCAUCGACCCCGAGCUGAGAGGGGCGGAGUUUGAACGCAUCACCCAGAACCUGGACGUCCAUUUCUGGAAGAGCUUCUGGAACAUUACUGAGACCGAAGUCCUGUCGAGACUUGCCAGCAUGACAUCCACUCAAGUUAAGGUGAACCGGGCUCUCUCUGUGCCCCCCGUGCCCUUUGACCUCCCUCUAGCGGCCAACCAAGGAGCCUCUGUAACCAUAGCUCCUCCGUCAGCGCACAUCGGCAGCGCUCCAGUUCAGAUGAGGCUCAUCUCCUAUGACUUGCGUGAAGGACAGGACAGCGAGGCUCUGCUGUCUCUCGCCCGUUCUGAGGGGGGCGCCAUCUCUCUGUCGCUGGGGAAGACCAAGCGCCUCCCCCCGUCUUCCAGCAUCCUGAUCCACUUCCACGGAGGAGGAUUUGUGGCCCAGACCUCCAAAUCCCAUGAGCCUUAUCUGAAGAGCUGGUCCCAGGAUCUCGGUGUCCCCAUUUUGUCCAUCGACUACUCUCUGGCCCCCGAGGCCCCCUUCCCAAGGGCCCUGGAGGAGUGUUUCUACGCCUACUGCUGGGCUCUGAAAAACCACCACCUACUAGGCUGGACCGGGGAGAAAGUGUGUCUGGCUGGUGACAGUGCGGGAGGCAACUUGUGUGUGACGACGACGAUGCGUGCGGCUGCCUUUGGCGUGCGGAUGCCAGAUGGCCUGGUGGCCGUGUACCCGGCCACGCUGCUGACAGCCUACGCCUCGCCCUCCCGUCUGCUCACACUUAUGGAUCCCCUGCUGCCGCUCAGCGUGCUCUCCAGGUGUCUGAGCGCCUACGCAGGCAACCAGCCCCAGACGGAGGUGCAGGUGGAGAAGGCGAGCCAGCUGAGUUUGGUGAGGAGAGAUACGGCUGUGAUGCUCAGAGACCUCCGACAGGGAGCCUCCAACUGGAUCCACUCUCUUCUGGAUUCCAACCGAGCCGCCGCCGCCGCCCCCAGCUCGGCUGCACAGGAGGCGCCACCGAGAGCUGCCGACACAGUGAGGAAGAGUAUUUCAGAGGCGUCCUUCUCCUCUCCUCACGCUGACCCCCCUGUCGCCUCACAGACCUCCGACUUCCCCUCCAGGAAAUUAUCUGUGAAGAGCCAGACUUGCCAGGAGUUGGGAUCCCACAACGACUUCACUUCUCACAGUGCAGCGCUGCUCCCUGAGAGCACUCCAGAAGAUGUGCAUUUCUUCUUAUCCAAGGAAGCAGAUCCCUCCAUGUCCAGGGAGCUGUUUUCAGUGGCCAUACCUCCCCCUGCUGGAAAGGAGGGGUCAGAGCUGGAGCACCGCAGGGAGUUUCCCCUGGGCUUUGAGCCCCUGCGCUCAGAGCAGCUAGCCACCAUGACGGUGGACACUUCGCCUGUGGUUAAAGAUCCCUUCUGCUCUCCUCUGCUGGCUCCUGACAGCAUGCUGAAAGGCCUGCCCCCUGUGCACAUAGUGGCCUGUGCGUUAGACCCCAUGCUGGAUGACUCUGUGAUGUUCGCCAAGCGUUUGAGGAACAUAGAUCAGCCCGUCACUCUGUGCGUGGUGGACGACCUCCCCCACGGCUUCCUCAGCCUGUCCCAGCUCUGCAGGGAGACCAAGGAGGCGGCUAACAUCUGCGCGGAGAGGAUUCGCUACGUCUUGACCCAGAAGGACACGCCUCCCGAGCCACGCAAGCACCGCAAGCUGGAGCGCACCGAUAGGGGUGUGUCCACCUCUUCUGGGGAGGCCGGGUCUAUCUUUUCCGACCCCAUCGAGGAAGGGGAGCUUGCUGUCGGGGCUAAAAUUGCCAAUGGGGAAGGCUUAGUUGCUGUGGCAGCCCAGAACAACACUGACGCUGUUGUUAUCGAGCCUUAAGUGAGGUUACAUUAAGGACUGCAGGGGAGUGAAGACACGGGGAGAGUAAAUGAAAGUCAGACAAAUGUAGGCAGUGCGAUGCCUAAAAGAGAGUGUCCUAAAAAAGCAAUUUAUGUGAUUACCCAGUUUCUUAAAGACAAAAAAAGAGGGGGAACGCUAAAACAAGACUUCCUCUGCUUUGCAAUUCUUGCCACUUGUCUGUGCCGCAUUAUGCACAAAGCAAAGCUGGCAGACGGAAUGAAAACACCCACCAAAGACAGUCAUGUUUUCAAAUUAAAUGGUAAUUUACCAGCUACUUAGAUCAAAGACCAGCACGCACCCACACAUGCAGCGCACACACUUAGCAGAGAGCCGUCGGCAGGCACGGCCAGGACAUAAAGCAGCGCUGAUACUAAAGACGGGCCCUGAAUGGGCGAUUCAUCCAAGACAAGGCAGUCAUCUAAGGCACUAAUCAAACAGUCGCAGGCACACUAUAUGCUUCUGUGUAGAGUCGUCCCAAUCAAAAUGGCCACUUGUCCUUUAGGUAGCCACUCUAAAUCACACUUAAUAACUCCACAUUGUGUUCUGCCUGUUCGGCAGUCAAUACAGCUCCCUUCGUGGAUAGUUUCUCUGACUCUCUACCAAACACAAUCACAACGCUGAAAGGCUGACCUGGAUACGUUGAUUUACUUGCUUUCUUGAGAUUCUGUUGCAAUUUGUAAUCAUAUAUUACUACCCCUAUGCAGUAGUGUUACUUUUGUUAUUUAUAUUUUUGUAUUGCUGUAUUUUAAUCAUUGAAUCAUUACAGGUUUUUUUUGUUGGUUUAUAAACUAUAUUGUUAUUUUAAUGUACACUUAUGCUGUUUGAAUGUGCUUACCCCCUCCUCCUUCGGCACAGCUGCUCAGACGUCCCUGGCCUUUCCAAUUAUACGUGUAUCCUCCUCUAAUGCAUAUUAAUAGGAUAAUAGUCAUUAUAGAACAGUGGGCUAUCUAGAUGCUGCCUGGUGCUUUGUGUAGUGUUGAUAGGGCUGCAUCUCUAUUCAUUGCUACGGUCACAUUUGUGUAGAUGCACUGAUUCUUUCCUGAAGUCCAUGCUUAAAUAUUUGGGUCCCAUUCCAAGUCUGUUAAGAACAAUCAUGGCUCUGAUAUGUCUAAGAGACCCAAAAGUUGUUUUCCUUUUUGAGACUGGAAAGAGUUCUUCAGAAGUAGAGUAGGAGAGAAAGGGGCAUCAAAAAGCCCUCAGCUAUCAACACACAUUUUAAACUCCACUGCACUGAUUUCCUCUCAGAUUGUCCCUGUUACUCACCAGGCGUUUUUCGCUCACUACUUCUCUGCGCAGUAUGCAGUGUGUCAAAGUACCGCUUCUCUUGAAUCGGGGGAUUUCCUGCCUGAAAAUUGGUUUCUAUAAUUCGAAGGCUUUCAGGAAAAACUAAAGAAGAAGAAAAACCGAUUGCAGGAGUGCUGUGUAAAAGCCACUAAACUUGUAUUUGGCCCACUGAGAGCGGCUGCUGGACCGGGUGCUUUUCCUCCCCACAAUUACAUUUGGGGUUAACUUUGAUUUCAUUAAGCUGAGGGUACUCCUCUGAGCUUUUUGCCACCGCAGCACUUUGAAGCACACGAAAAUGUCCUUCUGAGGGUCAGUCCUUCGGAAGGACCAACUAAAUAUAGAUGCCAACAAUGCUGGCUGCGUCCUUCUCUCGCAGCAGGGCCAGGUCUGUGUAGAAGGAUGCUGUGUGAUGAAUAGGAUUUAGCUGAAGCUCCGACUGCAGACCCCCCCCCCCCCCCCCCCCGUAGAGGAAGAGCAGGAUUUUCAGCAGAAAAGUCAUGCUACAGGAUUAGACCAUGCUUAGAUCUGUCAACUCCCAGUACUUACCGCAGUAUUUGUAGUCAGAUUGAUGGAAAGAACCAGGGUGGCGAAGAGGAAGACAGUGAUGCACUUGUUCACUCUGAGACUCCAGCUGACGUUGCUUUAUUAGCAGCUUUUUCUACAAUUUGACAGUUCUGUGCAAGUGUGUGUUUAGGCUACAUGUCACCGUCUUGUUUUAUGUCUUUCUUGGUGCCUGUGUGUGUGGCUCAGGUUGAGUCUACAUGUACACAUGAUCACACUAGUCUCUGGUGUGUGUGAGAAACAUGAGCUCGUCCUCUGUGUCCUGUGUUCACAUCGAGACACGAAUGGCACUUUACUAAUGGACUAAAGACUAAAGUAUUAAUCAUGAAUCAUCUUAAAACAACCUCAAGACACUAUUGGACCAUGUGUUGUGUCGGUGAUGUUCUGUACAUCAACAUGACUUCUUCAUCAGGCCUGAAAACUCCACCACCUAUGAAGCCUAGCAGGAUUGAUCGGCCAUUAGCACUUUGUUGUAUAAAGUGGGCGACUAGAGCACUUUUUUCAAAUCCACUUGCUGUUCAUAGACCUCCUGAUGCCUCUUACCCUUAAUGACCACUCGUGCAUCCGGCUGCCCUGACUGCAGGUGCUGCAUCAACCACGCUGUUUUGGAUGAAAACGUUUGCAGUGUUACCUUUUUUUUACGUUUUCCCAUUCCUGGCAUCCUGUGGUUCUGCCGAUGCUCAUUUAGCUUCCUGCAGCUUCAAGCAGAAGUCAUUCUUUCAGAGUGUUGUCGCCUUAUAGCGUCUAAUUGUUGAUGGUCCAUAUACUUUGUAAUCACAAAUUGUCCUUGUAAAAACAGUCAGUUGCUUUUUGUCUUUUAUUUGUUUGAUAAUCAGGUUGAACAACGUACCUCCAGUUUCACUUUGAGUUUUUUGAAGCUCAUGUGAGAUUUUCUUGCCCCUGGCUGAUUUAUUUGAAAAAGUACAACGCUGCUACAAACGUGAGCUCGCUGCUUACAACAUUAACAAGCUAUGCAGUUAACACACCAGCAUCUCAUCAUCGUUCACACACUCUGUCAGAAAUGCUGUGAUCAGGGGGUGAAGCGUUAGGAUGAUUCUAAGGGCCCGUGACUGACAGGGGCCCGUGACUGACAGGGGCCCGUGACUGACAGGGGCCCGUGACUGACAGGGGCCCGUGACUGACAGGGGCCCGUGACUGACAGGGGCCCGUGACUGACAGGGGCCCGUGACUGACAGGGGCCCGUGACUGACAGGGGCCCGUGACUGACAGGGGCCCGUGACUGACAGGGGCCCGUGACUGACAGGGGCCCGUGACUGACAGGGGCCUGUGACUGACAGGGGCCCAAACUAUUCUAGAACAUCUAGAAAAAUGUUUAAGUAACCAAUGUCAUAUAUUUUCAUGGGGCCCAAAAUCCCUGGCGGCGCCCCUGGCUGUGAUGCAAUCUAUUGAAUCUCCUCAAGGUUGGAUUUCAUAGUUGGCGCUUUAUACCAAAUGUAUACCAAACUUCCUGGAAACCUCAUUCUUUCAUAAAUGCAUCAACGCUCUGAUGCGACUGACCUCAACCAGUUCUCAAAUGUUUCCAAAUGAAAAAUAUGAAUUUGAUCACUAAGUUACUUAUCUUAAAUAUAUCUCUAGCGCUUCAAAACGGAACCAAAGACUGCAGCCGGAGUCUCCUCCGGAUGUGCUGCUUGCCAUUUAGUGUUUGCUGUUGAUGAAAAUGCAGUCGGUGCCGUACUCUGUCUGCACUCCUUAUGCACACUGCGCCGCAAAAUGUAAUACUGGUGUAGGAAAUUAUGAUCUCUUUUUUUUUCAGAAAACAAGCCAUAGACUGGAAACAAAGCAGUUUUAAGUUUACUUGGUUUAUACUUUAUUUAAUUUAAUUCAAAACACCACAAGUGCAAACCUGUGAAUAAAAAAACCAAAAUAAUGUGUAUCAAACGUUAUGAUUCAUGUAGAUAUCUCUACUUUCAGAUGUGUUGAUCGAAUGAUUGAUGAUUGAUUUGCAGGUUGCAUUCUUCAAUGUUGUGUCUGAUACGCCACGAGUCGGCUGGUUUCUUCCUUUGUUCAUUUGUAUCUAAAUAAAUAUAUUCUCCCAUGAA